AUGAAAAGUUACUUCAUCCUUAUCUUUUCUUUCAUUUUAUCAUUGUUUUUUCUAAUCAUUCAAGCUUUAUCAACAAUAAAUGAUGUAAAAUAUAUGAAAUUAAUGGAAAAAAAAUUGGGUAAUAAGCAUCUCAUACAACAAUACAACGACUAUAAACUCUACAAACGGAAAUACAAUAAGCGUGACGAAGAAAUAAAUUUGGAAUAUCGCCGAUUUGUGACAUAUCUUGAUAAUGUGAAAAAAAUUAACGAACAUAAUAAACGCUACAAACGUGAAGAGGAAACGUAUGAAGUAGCUAUCAAUCAUUUAGCUGAUAUGCUUCCCGAAGAAUUUGAUAAACUUCAUGGCUUCCAAUCAACAAUGAUGAAACGAAAUCAUUUCAAAAAUGUUGUUCCUAUGAAAAUUCGUGGUCCACUGCCGAAAAAAGUAGAUUGGCGUUCGUUAGGUGCAGUGACUAAAGUAAAAGAUCAGGGUAAUUGUGGAAGUUGUUGGACAUUUAGCGCAACGGGCGCGUUAGAAGGCCAACAUUUUCUGCGAACAGGUAAACUAAUUGAACUUUCGGAGCAGAAUCUUCUCGAUUGCAGUAGCAAUAACAUUUAUGGCAAUUCAGGAUGCGAUGGCGGUCUUAUGAUGGAUGCUUUUCGAUAUGUAGUAAAAAAUGAUGGAAUUGAUACGGAGGAAUCAUAUCCAUACGAUGGUUAUCAAUAUUUCUGUCGCUAUUCAAAUUUAACCCGCGGUACAACAGCAUACGGCGGUAAUUUCUUACCAGAAGGUGAUGAAUUACAACUGCAAGCAGCGGUAGCAACUAUUGGCCCGAUAUCUGUUGCCGUUGACGCAAAGUUGUUAAAAUUUUAUAAAAGAGGUAUUUUCUCAACCAAAAAUUGCUCACCAACACCGAACCAUGCUAUACUCGCUGUUGGUUAUGGAACAGAAAGAGUGAAAUUUAAAAAUGGUACUGAAAAAAUGGUUGAUUAUUGGCUCAUUAAGAACAGCUGGAGUAAACAUUGGGGAAUUAAGGGAUACUUCAAAUUGGGUCGAAAUAUGGGAAAUAUGUGCGGAAUAGGAUAUUAUUCCUGUUAUCCAAUGGUACCAAAGAUAAUCGAAUAA